GCGUUGCUUUUCCUCCAUUACACGGUGCCAUCGUUGUCUUUGUGUGCAGAUAACAAGUGCCUAGAAGGUAGUUUCAGCUUUGAUGUUAGAAAAAACGUGGUUGAAGAUCACGCCCUUGUUGGUCACGUGAUUGAAAGCGUCACGGUAGCAGAUCCAUUAUGUUGCUUCGAGAAAUGUCAAAGUGAUUGCCGCUGCAUCUCGUUCAACUACUUGACAAAUACGAGUCAGGAAAACUGUCAAUUGAAUAACGAGAACAUGAAUACAAAUUCCAGCGGGUUGAAGCUAAUCCAAGGCUCUCGGCACUACGAUCUGGUAGUCAAUUACAACAUGGAGGUAGGUAAUUACUGAGAUAAUUAGUAACUAGUCCUAGAUACUCUUUACACUGAAUCCCUUUAAGGUGGCUGAACACAGUUUUAGCAGUUUAGAGUACAUGUCAUUUGCCAAAUCAUGGCAAGAGAAAGGUUGCACCUCAUAAGCUGAAACUUUGGCAAGUGAAAAAUAUACUGAUGAAAGAUUUUGACUGACAGGUAAAAUAUGGCGUUUUCGUAGUUUCCAUGGCAACGUGAACGAUUGAAUAUAACCUUAAAAUGUCACUUUUGCUCAGAUUACACAAAAUUUGCUCAUUAGAUUUUCCUAUAAACUUGCACACAGCUUACUAUAAUUAAUCAUUACUAUUUGAAACUUAUUUGACCAAACUUUCGAAGCCAACUUAAGGUGGUGUAGGCAAAGAUAUAAGAGAGAAUGAUUAAGAAUUGAUGUACGGAGUUAAAGCAAACGAACAAUAAUUUAAAAUUACCACCUAACAACUUUCCCUCGCCAGUUUAAAGUUUUCGUUUUACCCUUUUUUUAAACGAGAAGAGAGGUGUUUAAACCUUCAUAAUAAACGUGUGCAAGGAAUGUCUUUUUUUGUUUUUGUCGAAUACAUAAAAAUCGCCCGGCCAAAUCUGUCUUUUGAUGUAAACGUGAUGUUCUACCUCUCCUUCUCAAACUCAUUAAUAAUUCAUAAAGAAAAUUCAAAGGAAAUUAAUGUUUAAUGAGUGUUUGGAUAUCAGAUGAAAAACUGCUCAUUUUUGCAUCCUUAAUUUCUCCUUCAAAAAUGAUUUUGUUUGAGACGAAAUAUCAAACAUUCGACACAGUGUUUCAUCACCAGAUGAAACACCUCGAAGUUGGUCAAAAAUAAUCCGCUGCGCGUCGUAUUUUAUGAAACACUGCGUCUCAUGUUUGAUAUACUACAUCAAACCCUUGCAUGGGUGGUGCCCAUCAAGAUGCUAGUAAGUAUGACCAAAUGAUGCCAAAAUUAUGUCAAGGGAAUUACGCUGUGACUUCAAAUUGCUGCCACCUCCAAUCCCUCAGCUUGGACUGUACUCGUUUUAAAACAAAAAGCCAAAAUUCCAGAAAAACUACAUUAAAUAUAUGGGAAGAUGUUGGCAGAUAUCUCCUUGCAAAAGGCAAUAUUUAUUGUCAGCAUGCAGAUGAACAAAUUUGGCAACUAUUCUCACUUUUGCUCUUAUUUUGGUUUAUUGUAGGCCAAUGUCUACCCAAAUUAUUGUGCAAACGGAUGUUGUGCAAGCCAUAUUUUCCCAUGUCUUAAUGGUGGCACGUGCCGUGAGACAUGUGACGUCACGAAAGAAAGAUUUAACUGCUCCUGUCAUCCGUGUUUUCAGGGAAAAUAUUGUGAAAUCGGUAGGCAUGAUUUGUUUUUCCUAGAUUUCAGCAAUUUAUUCUUGAGGGACGAUCGAUCGCUUCAAUUUCUUUAAUUUCGAUCUGAUAAUUCUAGUUGAUGCUACAGUAGUGCCAAGCAGUAAUGGUACCGACUAAAACUUGAAACGGCCAUCGAUUAUGAAUCAGAUUUUUGUCAAUAAUUUAUGCUGUACUGUUUGAGAAACGAGCAGGAGUGUAUUAUCAGGUUUAAAAAACUUUCGGCUUCCCUUCGAGUUAUUAAACCUGAUAAUAAACCGACUGCGAGUUUUUUGAACGGCUUCACGAUCAAAAUCUCUGAAAUAGAUCAACUAAUUCUUGCACUAAUAUUCAGAUUUGGGGUUUAAUAUUUUGAUCUAAAAUAUUGGAAGUAAAGUUUAAUCGUGUCUUUACCCGGAAAAUUACAAGGAAUGUUUCAAAGGUAACCCCCAAUUUAAGCUUAAAUGCCAAAAAAUCCAAACCCGAGUUUAAUUGCUCCAGUUCAUAUCACUCAACUGCAUUCGGCGCGGUACUUGUUGUUGUUCAGAGGCACGUUAACUGUCAAAAAUUGACGGGGACCCUAUGCCAUUUUUAUGUACAUCUUGACACACAGAUUGUAAGUCAGUUAUUUUGUCCAUUUAAAAUAGUUUAAUCAGUGAUGGAAAUUUUUAAAGGCACCAUUUAGCUGUGUAAACAAAUGAUGGUACGCUGAUCUUCAGUAAUGUUGGUGAAUUUUUUAAAGAUUCUCCACAAGCAAUUCUUUUCAUUACCUAUCGUUAUUGCAUAUUUCCCUUAAUCAUUGUUUUCGUAACCACUUGUGUUUUAGCUCGGUGCCCAACAGGAUGGCUGUGCUUCAACAAUUCAUGUUUUAAAGAAUUCAUGACAGCAGUAACUUGGAAUGAUGCACAGCAGGUUUGUGAAAGCUUGAAUAGCAACCUUACGUCAAUACAUAGCGCUGCGGAGAGUGACUUUAUCCUUGGUCAAGUUCGAUCCUCUGAUACCAAUAAAUUUUGGAUUGGCUUCACUGACAGAGCAAAGGAAGGAUCUUUCGAGUGGGUGGACGGCUCUGAUGUGACAUAUACAAACUGGAUUGAAGGCCAACCA